UGUCAACGUAAAUUUUUCUUAAACCGCGGAAAACUUGUCCCAACUUUAGUAAAACUUUGUUUGAAUUAUACUAAGUGCUACAAAUAUAAAUAAUAAUACAAUUUUUGUGGAGUGCCUAAAAAAAUAUUUGCUGGCAUAUAGGACGAAGUGCAAAGUCAAAGUUCUAAAAACAAGAUGGAUCCUUUCACACAGCGAAUGCUGGAUAAAGCUGAACAACGAAGUCGUGCCUUGGGCAUUAGCAGCGCUGGAGUAUAUUCGCGUUAUGAGUCUACCGGCGCUACGGAAGACGGACAAACUUGCCAACAGCUUACGGUGCAGCAAAAACCAUCAAUAAUACAGCAGUUAGAUAGGCAAGUUACCCCAGCGGCGUCUGCGCAAGCGUUGACGCAAACUGUGGUUAACAGAAGUGUCGAGAGCAGUACCAGCAGUGGUAAUAAAUUGCAAGUCGUUGAAAAAACGCCUAUAGAUGUAAUGAAGCCAUCAUCUAGUACAAAAAAAGUCCACCGUCAAUUUUCGGCAGUCGAUAAAGAGAAUAGGGAUAUGGGGAUCGAAAUUAAUAUUGUGACAGAUAAAAAUGUUGAAGUACAAGUUCAGGUUGAAGAAGAAGAAAUUGUCGAUGAUGAUUGUAAACAACACCGCUUAAAAUCAGUAUCGGAGCAACCUAUGGCUAAAAUACGAGAUACAUCACGUAGUCGGUUGCAACGUCUUGGAGCUCUUUAUGCCAAUCCGAACGACCUCUCCUCGCCAAUACAUCGAACUGAAGGUCAGUUCUGCGCUGAUUCACCUACUGAAGGAGUUUUUGAAAACAGUGUAAAACCAGUUAAACAACGUUACGGCAAAUUAGCUGAACUGGCUUGUUCCAUCAAUCAAUGGGAGGAUGAUAUAUCUCAUCAUGACCCACGUCCUGUCAGUGCAGUACCACCGCCCAAACCAGAUUUACCAAGUAGAAAAAUUUCUGAUGUACGGCCAAGUAAGCCAGCCUUGUCAAGUAGGAACACUGCAGGCGAGGCGCUUACCAAAACAAAAGUUCUCACGCAACUAGCUCCGGUCUCGAGUGAAAGAACUGAUAAUCAGUCUACUGAUGUUUCGGAGCAGAUAAAGACCAAACGCAUAUUUACCACUACAAAACAAUUGACAUGGGACCCUAAUGUGAUUAAUUCGCUAGAAGCACAGGGAUUUCAACGACGAGAAUCUACAACCGUAAAACUUGCAUAUGAGUACCCAAAAUUGGAUGAAAAAGAGCCAAUGGAGGAGCUAGAUAAUGAAUUAAAAGUUGAUGAAAAUAUACCCAAAGUAGUUAAACUGGCUAAUACAUUUUCGAAGGCUAUAGAAGAAAAAAAAAAUGUAGCCAAUCCACAGGACGUUAAGUCGAUAAAUGUUAAGCCUGGCUUAGUAUCCGGGCGUGCGGCUGCUUUUGAGAAUAAAUCGAGUGGCGGUCAGCAAUUAAAUCGUCCACAGAAAGAUCCAACAGAAUUGUCGCUAAAAGAGCGUAUGCAAUUAUUUGAAAGAAACAAAGGGGAAGCCCUUGUGCCGAAAGCUGCUCUUGGUAUGGCACCAUGCAUAAGUAAAAUUCGGCAGGACGAAGCUGCAUUACGCAGGGAAGUAGGUGCAAAAGCAGCUUCUGCCGCUCUCGCGUGUAACCAUACCAAUUCUUCAUUAUUAUUGCCCCCAAAGCCAAGUAGCGAAAAUAAAUUGCGAGGGAAAGUGGCGGCGCUUACAGCGACUACGGUUACAAUGGCUGAAAGUAAAAUUAAAGCCGAAAUACAAAAACAACGACAAGAAGAUAUGCAAGUUCUUGCAAAACGUUUCAACAAGCAAAAGGAAGUAUUUGAGAAAAAUGAGGAGCAAAGUGUCCAGUCUGAAACUCUACAAAUGCAGUCGUGCGUAGUUCCUAGCACAAAACAUACCAUAACAUCGGCUCCAAGGCAACUACACACACCUCCGCCACCUCCACCAAUGCCCAAGAUAAUAUUGGACGUUAACAAAAAGCGUCAUUCACCUAGCGAUAUCAUUGAUGAUGACGAAAGUAAACGUUCGCGUAAAUCUGUAACUAUAACGGCAGGAUCAAGUAAAGCUGCGUCUCUACAAAAUCAAAUGUAUCCCGCUCUAUCAGAUUUGGAAUCCGACUCAGAUCGGGAAAAUGGUUGUACUACGGCGACUAUGUCUGGUCAUAGUGCCACAGAAGAGCAUACACGUAUUCUUGCAGCAACGGCUGAAACUGGCCAUGCUGAUAGCAAUAUUGACGAUGAAAGUUACAUGGAUUCAGAGGAAGCAGACGACAGCAGUAUAGACAUUUGCAAUGGUAGUUUGGGUCGUGUGAUAAUGCAGGUGGUACAAAAGAAUGACCACCAACAGCAGCAAUGCCAGCAACCGAAACAAGUAAAGGAGGUACGCUAUGCUGAUAAGAAUGAAUUUUAUGGCUGCAAUGACAGCUCGAUAAAUUCUUCUGAAGCGUCAGGAGGUGUUGAUGAUUUCUUGGAUGAAGCCUUUGAUGAUUACGGCGAUGAUGAUUGUACGGAAGAAAGCGUUGAUGACAUGCCGAGAGAAAGUAAAGGCACAACAGCCUCCAAUAGCUUCACUUUCCGCAAAACACCAAAAAAAUACACUAAUUAUCAAACUAUAUCAGAAGAAAAUAUUGAGUCGGCAUCGAGUUCAAAAACAGCUGCCUGCACCUCGCAACCUGUGAAAUCUGAGCUGAGUAUUAAUCGUGGCAAUGACGACAAUAUGGUUACUUUGGUGCACACUGUCAGCUUUUACAGACGACAACAGAGCGACAAUAGUGCCAGUUCGACUCCUGUGCGAAAAGUUUCUCGUGAGCAGCAGGAAUUACGCUCCGAUAUCAUUAGCGCAACGGGUGCAGCCAUGCAAAUUAAUUAUCCGAAACAGCAAGAGACAACCGAACAAAAUAUCAAACAUGAUGAAACUUACGUGGUUGAAGAAUGCGGGGAGGAAGAUGACAAUUCAUCCGAACAAACUGAGUCAGAUGAUAGCCAUUUAGUGGAGGAAAAAAUUAAAAAGCUUCUAGAUGAAGUCUGUAAACAACAGACAAUAAUUUCACAAACCAGCCAGGCAUUGAACUUGUGUGCAGCCACUAUAGAAUUUUCCGGUUCAACAGAGUCCGUUGAGGGCGAGCGCCAUCUGCUGGUAGCAACACAUCGACGUCAGGCUUGUUUAGAUGAAGUACAACGUUUACGCGUAGAAAAGUGCUUGAGACCAUUAGGAGCGUUGCGCGACAGAGGGCGUCUCACUGUUAAAGAGAUAACCAUACCACUGCGUCAAGAUUACAUACGCAAAUUAGCUGCAGAUACCAUCUCUGGUCAUCAUUUGGUUUGCUUACUCAAAUAUAAUGAAUAUGUUUUGGCGACGAAAACGGUGCCUACACUCCCCGGUCUACUAGCAGUGAAAUUCCCCGAUGUAUUACAAAUGAAUAACGUGUAUGCAGAUUUUAGGAUUACCCUCGAGAUUUACGGGAUGACUGCCCAGCGUGAAGUUCUACCGCACGAGGUGAAAUAUCAUAUAAAUCUAAACAAGAAGUCAGGUAUCAAAACACCUAAAAAGAAGGGCAGCGAAAAUCGUUUAGUUAUGCCACCUGUUCAAAGUCCAGCUGGGCCAAAUGCCGUCCGUACUCCUGCUUUGGUGCAGUAUGGUUUUGCCAUAUUUUCCUUACGCGAGAUACAACGCACUUCCUGGACACUAACACAGGUUCUCGGUGUUAGUCCAUUGGAAGGUUUGGUACACAUGAAAGUCAACUGUGAAUUAAGUUUUUUGGUAGAACAUCGCGGCUUUCUCACCAUGUUCGAGGAAAUUUCUGGAUUUGGCGCAUGGCAUCGUCGCUGGUGUUAUUUAAAUGGGAGUGUACUUAACUAUUGGAAGUAUCCCGACGAUGAGCGUAAGAAGGCGCCUAUUGGCUCGAUUGAUCUGUACGCCUGCCGUACGCAGAAAGUAACUGUUGCGCCUCGUGAUAUAUGUGCGCGUCUCAACACUAUGUUGCUUGAGUUUGUGCGGCCAGCAAAAGAAACAGAUGUAGAGUCGCUUAUUAUUGUGCCAAAUGGCCGUAACACUGUUGUACGAUACCUUCUUUCAGCCGAUACGAAAGAGGAACGUGAACUAUGGUGCGCAUACCUCAAUAAAGUUCUACUACUACUGCGAUCUUGGGGACCUCCACAAUAAAUGGUAGCAGUUAUUAACUUAAGAUUUGUUACAAUAUUCGGAGUUAGGUAAUUUUAUGUGAGCUACGUAGAAUUCACGACAAGGCCAAUUGUUUUUUAGCUUAAGUUUGUGGGGAAGAGUAAGGUGGUUUAUAUGACUCAACCAAUGUACGUUGUUAUAUCUCAUCGGGAUAUCGGUAAGGUAGUUUAAAAGAAGACAGAGUAAACGGUGGACUUCUCUUUGAUGGAAAAGUUUUAUCGUACGCCAAUAUGUUGCGUUUACAGUUUUCGUUUUAGAAUUUCACAAUUGACGUUGAAUAUAAUUUGAUUAUAACGCAGUUUAUAUUUUCUAGACAGUAUUUUAUUCAUAUUUUCAUUAUUUGUAUGAACAAAUUGUAUCGAUUGCUGAUAUCAUGAUUGACCCCAAAAAUGUUUUUUUAAAUGAGGUUCUAAUCAGUGCCCAAAAUUCAUUAUAAAAUGAUACCUAUAUAUUCAUUAAUUAUACAUACAUAUGUAUAUGUUUCUCGCACGCUGCGGUAAACAUUUAAUCGCACGGACAAAAGAGAUACGGUUACGACAAGUUUCGUGAAUAAAAAUGGAAACGAACGAACAGCUGACGGAUGCGGCGAUAAUCGUGUAAUAAACUUUUGCAUUAGUUCGUUUUCUGUUGAAAGUUGAAUAUGAGCAAAUAAUUUAAAAUGUCGCUAUUAAGAUGAUGGAAUGAAUAAAACUUGUUCAAUAACUGUG